GCCGACGACAACGUAUCGGCGGUAACACAUUCGCGGUUCGUGGGUAUGACCCGGAGCCCCCUAAUGUUAUAAAGUAGGUUCUUCGGCAUGCCGAAGUUAAACCAUGUCCUCCUGCACGCUACAUUAGAAUAGUUUGUACAAUGAACGAACACAUUUUGAUACGAGGUGUGCAGUGCUCGAGGUCAAUUUCCUAAUUGUUACCUACGGUGAUAAUGUGCGCCGGAUGAGUGGUCUUUAAUUAAGAUUUGUUAAUUGUUUGUUACAGUGAUAUUAAUUCGUUUAAUACGGGAUGAGAAUGAAUAUUCAGUUUAAAAUUAUUGUAUGGAUAGCUAAUACAAUAAUAACCUGCCAUUCGCUUUGUUCGCACACAUACGGAGCUGAGCCAUGUACAAAAUACAUACCAGCACUUCCUGGUAAAACACCCCCAUGUGCACAACCUGGAUACACAUACUGUGAGCACCCGGAUCGUUAUCCCGGACAGUUGAUCAAUUUCCUUGUUAAGAAAUGGAAGUACGAUCACACGACAUUGUUCAGUUCGGAAUCAAAGGAAGAUUAUUCUUCAUAUUUUUAUCCACCAGUGAAUCCAGUUUAUGGACCUCCAAAUUACCGUCCGCCAACUUAUGACCACCAACAAAUGAUUCCCCAGCAGCCGAUACCACCCCAUGCUGGCGCUCAACAACAAAAUGGUUACCCGGAGCCAAUAUAUAUACCAAAACCACAAUAUCCUUUUCAAGAUGAAGGAUAUAAUUACCCACCUCCAAAUUAUUACCAACCACAAAACUUUACUGGAUAUUCAGAUCCCGGAAACACCAAAUACAGUAACCCUUACGUAGGCCAACCUAAUAGACCUUGGUACCAGCCAUAUCAACAAGUUUUGGAACAACCUCAGUAUGGACAGUACAACAAUUUAUGGAAAAGAUCCGUACAUCAAAAUAAUCGAAGGUACAAGAGAUCACAAAAAUUUAAACGAAUGCCAAGAAUCUAUUCAGGGAAAUUUGAGAAUAGUACAUCAUUGAAUAGGAGUAAACGUCAAACAGCACCAGGACAACGAACGUUGUGUCCAAUUAGGACCCAAUACAUUAUUCCCAGAGCAGCACUUAACAAUAAAGGAAACUGGAUGUACGUUGUCAAUAUGCCGGAAGUGGAUUCUAGAGUAACACAACUAGUCAAAAGUGAAAUUUGCAAUUCCCAAACCUGUGAUGGUAUCUGCAGUUUACCAGAUGGAUAUACGUCAAAAUGUGAACAAAAAUACGUACAAAAGAGGCUAGUAGCUUUAGAAAGCGAAGGAAAUCAACUCUAUACAGACGUUUUCUGGUUCCCAAGCUGUUGCCUUUGCACCCUUACCCUGAACACAAAUACUUGAAAUACCUAAUUUUAGAGUCCCCGAAUGUCAUCUUGACUUUUUCAACAAUGUUUAUACUGCCUUAAUAAUAUCAAACAAUAGGACUGACAUUUUUUAUUAUGAAUUUCGUAUAAUUUAUGGGAAUGUUGAACUCUCAUAAAAAUUGUAACUUUAAGUAACUUAAUAUUUAUUUAAAAACAGUAUAAUAAGUAAUAAAUAAUAAACCUUUAUAGUAUUUUUUUAUUGAGAAAACAUUGUUAAUCCUACUUUUUUGUAUAGUUAAUUUAUCCAAAAAAUUGAUUUUUUGAUAAUGAACAUUUUUUUUUAUAAAUUAAGCAUUUGUUAAAGGUUUCUCAUAUUUUCUUUAACCACAGGAAUAUGCCAUAUAAAAACAUUAUGAAAAUUCAAGAUACGAAUAACGCAGAUUUUGUUAUUGGAGAAGAAAUUAAAAAUUAUCUUACAGCUUCCUGAUGAGCACCAAUGAUCCGGAUAAGAAAUUAUUUUAAGCAAGUGAUAGCUUUGAUUUAUUUCAAAAUACAUUUAAGAAAUAAACUUA